AGAGCGUUUGGCGAGGAGGAAAGUAUAAAUUAAAAGUGUGAAGCCAACAAGCAACCAAAGCAAACGCAUUUUUGAUUCUGUUUUCAUCUUUAAUAAAUUGGGAGGAAAACCAAGAAAAAGGUGAAGAGGAAGAAUCAGGGUGAGGGUGAGGCACAGAUAUGGAUGAUGAAGUGGUGCAGAGAGCCUUCCAAGAAGGAGGUCGAGACUACUACCAGCAGCAGCCAUCCACUUCUUCGUCAUCCUCUUCCAUUCUCCAAUCCCUCCCUCUCCAUGUGUCUUUUGAUCAUGGGUAUUAUUUAUUGGUAAAAUCCAUUCAAGAACUUCGGGAGAAGAAAGAUGGUCUUGUGACGGUUGGCAUUGGCGGCCCCAGUGGUUCUGGUAAAUCAAGCUUAGCAGAGAAGGUAGCAUCUGUCAUUGGCUGUACUGUUGUAUCCAUGGAGAACUAUCGUGAUGGAGUGGAUGAUGGAAAUGAUUUGAAUUCCAUAGAUUUUGAUGCACUGGUUUCAAAUCUCGAGGAUUUGAUAAGAGGUAAAGAUACAUUGAUCCCAGUGUUUGAUUUCCAAGAAAAGAGACGUGUUGAUUCAAGAGCCAUAAAGAGUGCUUCAUCUGGUGUGGUAAUAGUUGAUGGUACUUAUGCUCUACAUUCAAGAUUGCGAUCUUUGCUUGAUAUUCGGGUUGCAGUGGUUGGUGGUGUUCAUUUUAGCCUUCUUUCCAAAGUUCGAUAUGAUAUUGGAGAUUCUUGUUCUUUGGACUACCUUAUUGACAGCAUUUUCCCAUUAUUCAGAAAGCAUAUUGAGCCAGACCUUCAUCAUGCUCAGAUUAGAAUAAAUAACAGCUUUGUCUCAUCAUUUAGAGAAGCAAUCUACAAGCUAAAAUGCAAAAGUGAGACGCCAAAUGGACAUUCUGCUUACUCUUUUCACGGAAAUGAAGCACAAACAGAUAAUUUUAUAGAGAUGUACCUUAGGCCUCCAUCAGCAAAUGAAGAAGCACGGAUAAAUGAUUGGAUUAAAGUGCGGCAAUCUGGUAUCAGAUAUUAUUUAUCACUGGGUGACCAGAGGAUCGUUGACAAAAAUUACAUUAUUAGGCCAAAAGCUGAGUUUGAGGUUGGGCGGAUGACACUGGGCGGGUUGCUAGCUUUGGGCUACACAGUUGUAGUGAGUUAUAAACGGGCAUCUACAUCAGUCAGUAAUGGACAUCUUUCCAUGUCAUUUGAAACUAUUGAUAGUCUUGGUGAAACAUUCAUGGUGCUCAGGGGCACAGAUAGGAAAACAGUUGGUGCAGAGGUGUUGAGGAUGGGUGUCAAUGGACCAUGGAUCACUAAAUCGUAUCUAGAGUUGAUUCUUGAGAGAAAGGGUGUACCACGUCUUAAUACACCACCACUCUUGUCCAGUAUAUCUCCUACCAGUAAUCAAGAAAAGGUGGUUGUUGCACCAAAGCCAAUUCGUAUCACACCAAACCUUGUUACUCGGCUUGAAGAUCUAUCUCAGCCAUGGACGCGGUCCCCAACCAAAUCCAAAAUGGAACCUGUGCUGGCAACAUGGCAUUUCAUAUCACCAGAUCCUCUGCAUGCUGAUAGUUCUGUCACAGAUCCUUCAUCUUUCAGGGAUACCCUGCGUCUUGCUCCAAUGCCUGAUUCUUAUGACUUGGAUAGAGGAUUGCUUCUCUCCGUUCAGGCAAUACAGGCUCUGUUGGAGAAUAAAGGUCUUCCAGUCAUAGUUGGAAUCGGAGGUCCAAGUGGAUCUGGAAAAACUAGUUUGGCUCAUAAAAUGGCAAAUAUUGUUGGCUGUGAAGUAGUUUCCCUUGAAAGCUAUUAUAAAUCUGAACAUGUAAAGGACUUUAAGUGCGAUGAUUUUAGUUCUCUUGAUCUGUCUUUGCUUUCAAAGAAUAUUGAUGAUGUAAAAAACUGCCGAAGAACAAAAGUUCCUAUAUUUGACUUGGAGACUGGUGCUCGGAGUGGCUUCAAGGAACUUGAAGUUUCUGAAGAUUGUGGAGUGGUGAUUUUUGAAGGGGUUUAUGCUUUGCAUCCUGAGAUCCGAAAAUCACUUGACUUGUGGAUUGCUGUUGUUGGAGGUGUUCAUUCACAUCUAAUUUCUCGUGUUCAAAGGGAUAAAAGUAGGGCAAGAAGCUUUAUGUCCCAAAAUGAAAUCAUGAUGACGGUUUUUCCAAUGUUUCAGCAGCACAUUGAACCACAUCUUGUUCAUGCACAUCUCAAAAUUCGAAAUGACUUUGAUCCUGUUCUUUCCCCUGAGAGUUCAUUAUUUGUUUUAAAGAGUAACAAGCAAGUGGCUUAUCAAGAUAUUUUAAAAAUUCUUGACCCUGCAAAAUUCUGUAGUUCUGUUCAAAAUUUCAUUGAUAUAUAUUUGAAGCUUCCUGGAACAUCUGCUAAUGGGUUUCUGACUGAGAGUGAUUGCAUACGAGUCAGAAUUUGCGAGGGCAGAUUUGCAUUACUGAUACGGGAGCCAAUUAGAGAAGGGAACUUCAUCAUUCAACCCAAAGUGGAUUUUGAUAUUAGCAUUAGUACAGUCUCUGGCCUCCUUAAUCUUGGGUAUCAAGCUGUCGCUUAUAUUGAAGCAUCAGCAUUCAUCUAUCAAGAUGGAAAGAUUCUUAUUGAGGUUGAUAAUCUACAAGAUGUCAGCCCUUACCUACAAAUCAAAGGGGUUAACAAAGAAGCCGUUGCAGCUGCUGGGUCAACACUCAAGCUGGAUGGGUCAUAUACGACAAAGAGUUAUCUUCAAAUAAUUCUGGAAAGCUUGCCAGCAUCUGAAAGAAGUUCCAGCGGCAUUCACUCACACCAAGCUGCAAGGUUGCAGGAACUUGUGGAAUUUAUUCAAUCUCAGGGCAGCUGUUCAGCUUCAGAAUCCUCACCAAGUAGGGAAGUCACAAUUGAAGGCAUUAUAGAUGAGAUGCAGUUAAGGAUAAGAAGGCUGGAACGGUGGAAUACAAUCAAUACAGUGAUAUGGACUUUUGUGAUGUCUGCCCUUGUUGGUUAUUCACUCUACCAAAGGAAACGCCAAUAAUGAUUUUAAUCCGGAGAGCAUCCGGAGAGCCCCUCCACAAGGAAGACUUUUGCCUCACAUCCGGAGAGCCCCUUAUCCUCCUUCAAAAUUGUGCAAAGUAACUACUGAAAUGCUGAUCCUAACAAAGACUUGCUAGCCACUGUUACAUGUCACCCUGGGCUGUUUUGAUGAUUUAAACCACAAUUGGUAAUGAUAGUUACAUUUCAUAGCCUAAAGAGUAGAAAUGUGAGCUCCCAGCAUUUCUUGUGCUGACCUAGAGGGAGGACAUGGUCUCAAGGAACCUAGUUAUUGGAAUUGAUUGGAUGAUUGGAUGAUAAUCUAACCACCAUCAAGUCCGUUUAGGGCAACCAAAAGCUUUGUAUGACCAUGUCUGAAUUUGCCAACCACGAUAAUUUAUUGAUUUCCAUAAUUGUAUCUGGGUUGAUUAAGUGUGAGUAUACUGGAGGUGGGGUUUGGUAAGCUGCUUAAGUAUAUUUAAUAAAAUAACUUAAUAAUUAAUUUAAA